AUGGCAUCCACAAUGAAAUCCACACCUGUUCCGGGCUCACUUGAAGCAGAAUGCCCUGGUGGACUCGACUGGGCUUGGGAAAGCUUGGGGGAGUGUGUUGUAAAUGCUCGCGACAAGGUCUCUAUCGCCUUCGGCGUCUUGAGUAUUGUCUGUUGGUUCAUAUUCGGAAUUCCUCAAAUCGUAACUAAUUGCAUGAAGAAAAUUCCCGACCAAGCUGUCUCCCCUUUCCUCCUAUUCUUUUGGAUCCUCGGCGAUUCUCUUAAUUUUACCGGUGCAUUCCUGACGAAUCAACUUUUCCUCCAGGUAGGUCUGCGAUUCAAUGUUUCGGUUUGGACGGUGUACUUAUAUACAUAUUUACGAUUAAUGCAUCUAUAUAUAUGA